AUGGCUAGUGCUAUUUCAUCAAAUGAUGAUUUUUAUACAACAGGUGAAGACAUGUGCCUUGAAAUAUUCUAUCUUAUCUGGCUAGAUGCUAACGCAAAUGGUAAAGAGACUAGAGAUACAGAGCAAAAAUUACGGUCUAUUAUUAAUAAUCUAAAGAAGUUUCAAGAUGUUAAACAAUGCCAAAAAUAUAUUGAGGAACGAUCAAAAAACGAUCGAUUGGUUAUGAUUGUUAGUGAUCAAUUUGGACGAGAAAUAGUCUACUCUAUUCAUAAACUUCGACAAGUUAUAUCGAUUUACGUUUAUUGUUUUGAUAAAGUGGGUAACAAACAAUGGUUCGAUAAAUUUGCAAAAGUAAAAGCAGUUGUCACUGAAUUGGGUGAACUAAUCACUCGAAUUAAAGCGGAUCAUAAAAUUCAGAAAAUCGUAGAAGAGCCUUUGUCUAUUAAUAUUUUUACGACCGGUGGCACUUCAACAACAGGUGUAAAUGCAGAUAAAAAAGAACUGAUUGAUCGUUGUAAACAACUGUAUCAAGACAAUCAAUAUGAAUUGAGCAAAAUCCAUGAUUUUCGACAAGAAUACUUACCUGAAAAAGCCUUAUGGUGGUAUACUCGUCAGUCAUUCUUUUACAAGACUCUUAAUGCAGCUCUACGUAAACAAAAUAUCCAUUUCAUUUUUUUAUUUCGUGGGUUUAUUUCUGAUAUUCAUCGUCAAUUGAAAGCUAAUCAAGCGGAUGAUACUUUGCGAGCGUAUCGAGGUCAGAUGAUAUCCAGUGAUGAAUUGGAGACUUUGAGACAAAGUUGUGAUCAAUUUAUUUCAAUCAAUUCAUUUUUUUCCACAAGUACUGAUAAAAAACAAGCUCUGUCGUUUCUAAACAGUUGUAAUGUUGGAGACAACGUAGAACCAAUCUUGUUUGAAAUUGAUGCCAAUCCUGCGUUAGUCACUAGCAAACCAUUUGCUGAUGUCAGUCCUUACAGUGAAUUUAUUGACGAAUCCGAGGUUCUCUUUAUGAUUGGUUCGAUUUUUCGCUUGAAAACGGUGAAGCGCAGCAGUGAUGGUCAAGUAUGGGUUGUUCGAAUGACUCUAUGUAGUGAUGAUGAACAUGAUUUAAAACAAGUCAUAAUCGAUAUGAAAGAUCAUUUUUUGAGUCGCGAAAUAAAUCUUCAAACGUUAGCAAAACUAUUAUGGGAGAUGGGUAAACCUGAUUUGGCUGAAAAAUAUUUUAUUCGCUUGUUAGAACAACUACCACUACAAGAUCCUUUACUUGGCGAUUUGUAUCAUGAUCUUGGAAGACUCGCAUCACAUGUCGGUAACUUGGACAAGAGUAUGGAAUGGCAUAAAAAAGCUAGUGCGUUGAAAAAACAAAACCAAUCAAGUACCACUGUUGGUAAGUUUAUUUGAAUAUAAACCUAUUGUCUCGAAACAAAUCAUAUACUUAAAAAGAAAUAUGCUUUUUUCAAAACUGAAAUUCUAAAAAUUCCCAGUACAUGCCAUUCUCCGUUUUUUAAUACUGCUCACUGGCAGUAUUUGCUUCUAAGACUGAAUUAUUUUAGAAUACAUAUCAUUUUGUGUGGUAGAGUAGAAAUAUUGUUUCGUGUUAUUUAUCAUUAUGUUUUCCUAUAAUUUACUGGAAACACGAAGAAAAAAAAAUUGAGCUUUAGGAUGUUUCAUUCGUUUCUGGUUUUUUAGGCAAAUCGUUAUCUCUUCGUUUUCCACUUAAAUUGUUCAUAGAAAAUUAUGAAAGAAGGUAUUUAAUAAAAAUUGAAGUAUAUCGACUCUUUUCGAAUUCAGUUCGAUCCCUAUGAAACAAUCUAUGAUUAGAAAGAAUUGUCUUUUUCUAUUAGCAAUCUCAUUGAUAUUAAUUAGGAAAUUAGGAAAUAUAAAAAGUAAAUGGCAACCUAUUCUAUAGUUCUUCUCUGAUGUCCUUAUAAUCGACCUGAGUUUUGAUUUGCUGUUGACUCUUACUUGUUAAAUAUUCGCAUUGAAUUUUAAUGUUUUCAUCAUUAUGUAGCAAAUGACGCUCAUUGAUAAGAUGGCAAUUAUAAUGGCUUGCUUUGUUCUCUUAUGUUUUAAUUUUUCGCUCUUCGUAUCAAGAUCCAAUAAGCGCAUACAACCAUAGAGACUAUAAUAUAGUAACUUGAAAAGCAAUGUGAACUCUUAUUAUUUCGUAUUCGUCAGUUUGAUUAUAAAAUUUUCUGAAUUAAACAUAUAGUUUUAAGUUAUACAGAGUUUCUUUGUCACUAAAUUGGCAAUACGAAAAAAAAACAGAAUACAUAAAUGAGACAAAAUCGAUUUUGUUUUGUUUGUUGGAUAUCAGAUUAAAUUAUGUUUUCU